CUGGCUCGCCCCCUCGAAAGGUUAUUAUUCCCACGUCACUGAGGUCAGUUAGCUUCAAGAAGUGAAGAUGGUUACUGCCUACGAGAGGUAUAAUUUGCACACAACCUCAGAGAAGUUCUACAUUGAGGCCUGUGACGAUGGAGCCGACGCUGUCCUGGCCAUCGACAGGGUGUCCAAUGAGAUGACUCUGACAGGGAAGAAGGACGUUCCUCCGUCAGCCAACACCAGGCCCAUCUGUGGCAUCAUGGGCACCAUCCGCCUGGUGGCAGGGAUGUACCUGAUUGUCAUCACCAAGAAGAGGAACGUCGGCAGCCUGCUGGGCCAAGCAGUGUGGAAGGCGGUUGAUUUUGACAUAAUCUCCUACAAGAAGACAACGCUGCACCUGACGGAGAUCCAGAUGCAAGACAACAGGACGUUCUUGUCCAUGAUUAACAGCGUUCUGACUACCGACGGUUUCUACUUCUGCACCAGCUAUGACCUGACCCACACGCUCCAGAGGCUGGCCAACGUCAGCCCAGAGUUCCAGGAGAUGAGCCUGCUGGAGAGGGCAGACCCGAGGUUUGUGUGGAACGGAAGCCUUCUGAGAGAGAUCCAAUCACAGCCGGAGCUCCACAGGUUUGCUCUGCCUGUCAUCCAUGGAUUCAUCGUGAUGAAGCCGUGUCGCAUCAACGGGAAGAUCUUCGAAUGGAUCCUGAUCUCCCGGCGGAGCUGCUUCCGGGCCGGGGUCCGGUACUACGUCCGGGGUAUUGACUCUGAGGGCCACGCAGCUAACUUUGUGGAAACGGAGCAGAUUGUCCUGUAUAAUGGAGGCAGGGCAUCAUUUGUACAGACGAGAGGCUCCAUGCCCUUCUUCUGGUCUCAGAGACCCAACCUGAAAUACAAACCCAAGCCAUUGAUCAGCAAGAAUACAAACCACAUGGAUGGUUUCCAGAGGCAUUUCGACUCUCAGGUCCUCAUCUAUGGAAAGCAGACCAUUCUGAACCUGGUCAACCAGAAGGGGUCAGAGAAGCCACUGGAGCAGGCGUUUGCCAAGAUGGUAAACGGCAUGGAGAACGGCUUGAUUAAGUAUGUGGCCUUUGACUUCCACAAGGAGUGUAGCCGGAUGAGAUGGGAUCGGCUGAAUAUCCUGGUGGACAGCGUGGCUGAGACGCAAGACGAAUACAGCUACUUCCUGGUGGACACUGAGGGAAAGGUGGUUUCCCAGCAGAAGGGGACGUUCCGCAGUAACUGCAUGGACUGUCUGGACCGCACCAAUGUCAUCCAGAGCAUGCUGGCCCGUCGCUCCAUCCAGUCCCAGCUGCAGAGAAUGGGGGUGCUCCACGUGGGCCAGCGGAUCGAAGAGCAGGCGGACUUUGAGAGGAUUUACAAGAACGCUUGGGCCGACAACGCCAAUGCAUGUGCUAAGCAGUAUGCUGGCACGGGAGCCCUGAAGACCGACUUCACAAGGACAGGGAAGAGGACACAGAUGGGUCUGUUGAUGGAUGGAUGGAACUCUGCAGUCCGCUAUUACAAAAACAACUUCUCUGACGGCUUCAGACAGGACUCCAUUGAUCUGUUCCUUGGGAACUACACGGUGGAUGAGACAGAGGGAGCCACUCCCCUCCGCACACAGAAGGACUGGAAGUUCCUCACGCUGCCUGUCAUCAUGGUGGUGGCUUUCUCCAUGUGUAUCAUCUGCCUGCUCACAGCCGGUGACACCUGGACUGAGUCGCUGGCGUACGUGUUGUUCUGGGGAGCGGCGGCCGCCAUCACAGCUGCUGUCAUCGUCUUCAACGGGCGUGACUUUGUGGACGCCCCCAAACUUGUGCAGAAGGAGAAGAUGGACUGAAUGUGUUUAAACGGAAAGCAGCUCGGCCCAGCAGGCUCCUUCGUCACCAUCUUCAUCCCGCUGUUCUUCGUCUUCCUCCUGGUUGCUGGAGGCUCGGACUCUGUACUGACCCAACUAGCACACUGUCCUCCUCGGAUGCGUCCUCAUUUACUUUACAGUGCACUGGAAUAGGGUGUCAUUUAGGACUCAAGCUUAAAGUUUCCAUUCUACUGUAACACAGAACUGGAGAGCAUCAGGCAGCAAAUCUACUGAAGGUUGUCUGUACUGUCCUGUCUGCUACCAGAGCCACUCCCACUGCACCUCCCUACUCCUUCAUCUGAACUCUCCUGUCUGCUACCAGAUCCACUCCCACUGCACCUCCCUACUCCUUCAUCUGAACUCUCCUGUCUGCUACCAGAUCCACUCCCACUGCACCUCCCUACUCCUUCAUCUGAACUCUCCUGUCUGCUACCAGAUCCACUCCCACUGCACCUCCCUACUCCUUCAUCUGAACUCUCCUGUCUGAAACCAGAUCCACACUUGUACUCCAUGUCUUGUUGCCCUCCCAUGUUCCUUAGGCCAGUGUUUCUUUCCUCAAGGACCCCCAUUCACAGCUUGGUUAUUACCCUGAACUAGCUGACCUAAUUCAUCUGAGAGCUUGACGAUUAGUUGGCAAGUGGAAGCAGGUGUUCUAGCUCUGAAAUAGAUCAAGUGCAUGGGCCAACUGGUGGAUUGGCCAACUGGUGCCCUCCAAGGAGAGGUUCAGAACCCCUGCUUUAGAUGAUGGUGUACGCGGACCUCAUUUUGUGCAGUAAUUUAUCUUGCUGUCUGUGGUGUUAGAUGAUUGGUGUGCAGUUUGUCCGUUGACUGGUUUAACCUACUAUGGGUGCACAGAAAUGGUUCUUACAGGUCUCAGAACGAAAUAAGCACUUUAGUGAACGUCAGCAGAAUUCUUAAUUUUCCCUGAAAGCAAAGAAACCAGAGAAUUUCAGCUGCGCCACUUCACUAAGUAACAGUUGUGGUUUUUGGUUCACUGUCAUUAAAAUGCAAUUCUCUUCCAAACUUCAGUGAUUCACUGAGGAACAGUUGGCACUUCCAGGUGCACUUAUUAGUUACUGGGGUACAUUGUAAAGAUGGAAAAUGUUGUGGUUGUCCUCUUGAAUGUAAUGAGCCUUACUAAACAAUUAAUUUAAAUCAUAUCUAUCCAACUAAACUAGCUAGUUAUUGUGGAGGUGAAUUAAGAUGGGGUGAGGGGAAUGACUCCAUUAUCUGAACUUAAUCAUGCACAGUAUUUAUUUUGAAUAUUUUUUUUUAGGUAAGGGCUUGUAGCAUAUUUUACGAUCUUAUUUUUGCACUUCGUUUGAAAGUGGAACUAGUUGCACACAUUAAAUGACCGUGGUCGUGGUGUGAGAUUGGAAGAGUUGCUUUUAUUUCCUAUCUGGACCGAUCUGGUUCAGUCACUGUAGGGUUCAGCCCAGUCACCGUAAUGUGGUUCUGUCAUGUGGGGAUUUUUCGGCCGUCAUAAUAACGUUUUGUCAUUGCGUUCCGUUUACCUCUCACAGUAUUUGGGGAAUGACUAGAUCUAGAUGAAAAAACAUUUCCACAGUAGACCUCUGCCUUACAAGUGUGCUCCUCACAUGACGAGGGGUGUACAUAAAUACUAAUAAUUCAUAUUAACAUCACGAAUAUGUUUGACUGUUGUUUAUAGACUUGAUGGUUUUCAGGGUAUUACCAUAUGUAGGAAACGUAAUUAUAUUACAGACCAUUUGUUGCUUUCUCUGCUGAUUUCACAUUCCGUCGUGCUAAUAUUAUGGGGCACUUAUUUACCGAAGUAGUGACGUUUAUGACGUAAAUGUUUUAGAACACAUCGCAAUUCGUUAGAAUUUAUGUUAAGCUGUCAGUGAUUUACUACAAGGAAAAUGUUUUCAAUUUGAGCAGUCACGUUUCAAAUGCUUGAACUAAUAUUCCUUCAAGCUACGCAGUAAGAACAAGAGGGGGGCGGAGUCAUUGACCCACACGUGCUUCUCUACGGUGCAACGGUUCUGUGCUCUAACGGCGGCAGAGGCUCGUUAUGACGUAUAUUGUUUAUUUUACGACGUGAUUUGUUUGCUUAGCACAUCCUGUUUGCAGAGGCUAUUAAAAAUGUCAAGAUCAGCCAUAUUUUCGUUUUCUUUCAUGAGAAUUUGGAAACGCUCAGUGAUCCGUGUGACUCAACCAACUUAAAAGGCGGUUGCUAUUUGCCUGGUGAAUAUUUUCUUCCACUUUGUAUCGGGACACGAUCUUGGGCUUGUGUUUUAAAUGUCUAUUUUGGAAUAGGGUCGUGUGGUUGUGAUCACAAAGGGUUAAUUCUGGUAGAUUUUUUAUUUUUCUGGUUUAUUUUGCCCUAUCCUGGUUUGAUAAAAGCCCUUAACAUUCCCUUUUGACCAUAAUAUAUGUAACUUGGCAGUGAAGUAGCCUGUGUGCUAGACGGUUUGUGCCAUUGUGCCACUCCUUGUCAUACCAAAUAAUUUGAUAUAAAGAAGUGACAGAGUAGGCAGUAUGGAACAACCCGCCUUUUUCCCAGGCUAGCGGUAAAGACCACAGCCAGUAAAUCGACUUAAGUUGGUUGUACACUUUCCUAAAUAUGGCCAAUGCUGAUGAAUUUACAUUGUGUAAAGGUGAAGCCGUUACCAUGAAAGAAACUUUCUAACUUUACGUCUCACUGUGAAAUUGGUUUCCUGGAACGUCCAUAUUACCAGUUGGUGCAGUAGCCCAAUUUUAGAAAAUGUAAAAAGAAUGUUAUAAUACAAAUGAUCAUUGAAUAAAAACACAUAUCCAAGUACUGACGA